AUGUCGUUCUUGAUGUUCUUCAAGCCUGGAUGCAGCUAUCUUGUUUCAAGAUAUGACUUUGUGGAAGCUCACGUUCCACCGCUUACUCUCUUCUUCCCACCCUCUCCCCGCUCUCUCUCCGGCUCUCCUCUUCCCACCUCUCGCCGCUCCAUCCAACGGUAUGAGAAGCUGUGGAUGCCUCUGAUCGCGGAUUUGAUCGACUCUCCGUUGAUGAUUCUGCCGCCUGCUGACGUUAACUGGAUCUGGUACUGCCACUGUUUGCAUGAUCCGGCUGGGUACCGCGAGUACUGCGCUUUGAGAUUCGGGGCGGUGAUCGAUCGGCCGGCCAUUUUCGACGAGGAGAACGAGGAGUACGCCAUCCUCUGCUGUAGAGAAAUUUGGGAAGCGAGGUAUCCAUCGGAGCCGUUCGAUCUUGAAACGGACGGUCGAGACGAGAUCGGAGAUGGUGAUGGGGAGAUAUCGAUGGCGGCGGUGAAGUAUCGGGGCCUGGUGUCGUAUUUCGCCGACGUUUUCGUAUCGGAGACGGUUUAUCAAGUGUCGGCGAGAGUCAGGUACUUGGAUUUUUUGAAUUUGGCGAGGAAAUUUGGGGAUGAGAGUGGGAGAUUGGUGCCGGCUUCUGAUGUUCUUCUCAUGUGGUCGACCCACAAGAGCUUUCCAUUGAGUUAUGCAAAAGAUUUGGAUGAAUAUGGGAACUUAGACGAAAAGAUAGUUGGAUUUGCUGAUCAAGUGAGUGAAGAGGAGUUAGAAGAAACACGAAGAAUUUGGGAGGACGCAUUUGACGAGCCUUAUGAGAGAUCAGGAGCUUUGUUCAAUCCCAUGAGCUCACCAUCGAGAGUUUUCUUCAAUUGGGAUGCUUCUGAUGCCAAUGUCAACAGAGUGUACAAGGGCUUACAGCCCAGAUUCUUACUUGAGGUUUGUAUAUUCUUCAAGGGAAGCUUAGAAGAAAGAGAACUGAAGAGUGGAAGCAAGAGACUGCUUCGGCUGAGAACUGCAAGAUGCCAUAAAUUACUAAAACUUGAUAAACCUGUCUGUAACCUCUCCUCUGAAUCUUGGAGAAAGGCUUGGCAUCUAUACUGUGAAUUUGGUACAAGAGGCAUUCUGAUCGAUAUUCGAGAACAUGUAAGCAGCUGUUUUAGAAACAGCAAACUGCUGGACACUGUAUCCUUCUCAUGGAAUGACUUGUUACGCUCCACUUCUUUUACCCUAACUAAAGAAGUGCGGAUGAAUUUGAGAGCAAUGGCGUCAAUUACGCCUCCUGUUCAGGCCCCGUACUUACUGAAGUGUGUUCCGGAUAGAGUGACUGAUGACAGCGGUGCUAUGAUUUCGGAUGUGAUCCUUCGGAUGAACAGAUAUCGACCUCAAGAGGGUCGUUGGUUAACUCGGACUGUCCUUGAUCGUGGUGGAAAGGAAUGCUUUGUGGUUCGAAUACGAGUAGGUAGAGGAAUUUGGAGGAGAGGGGCUGAAAAUCCAUUGGCAGUGAAAUGGGAGGAUAGAAUUAUAGAAGUACGAGAAGGCCCUUGGUCAUAUGUUGCCAGUUCUGUUGGUUAUGCUCCUGAGAAGGUCGUCGGAACCGCGACACCUAAGAGGGAAUCCUCCGGACACCAAGAGAAAUUUGUUUGGUGCCUAUCAACAGGAGAUGCCCUAAAGAUACAAUGGGAAAAUGGACCAGACUUUCAGCUUGAAAAUGAGAAUUCUGCUGAAACAGCAAAAUUGCUGAGAGGAAGACAAUUACAGUACCAACCAAAGGCCGAAGGUUCAUCCAAGACAACUAUGGAAGACGAAAAUCAUUACAUCACACUCAUCCGAUACUCUCCUGCACGCCAAGAAGGAAAAGCCACUGCUCUCCUCAACUGGAAGCUGCUCGCAGUCGAGUUCCUGCCAGAAGAGGACGCCGUGUUCAUGCUACUCUUAUGCACGGCCAUUGCACGCACAAUAUCUGAAGUCACGAGGGACGAUGUGGCUGGCUUGCUCGUUCGGAGGAGAAUGAGAGAAGUCAAGUCCGGCCUCAGAGAUUGGGGCUCUGUAAUGAUUCCUUCUCCUUCGACGGCUCCCCAUUUGAAUCCUUGGUAUUGGAAUGCUGACGACGUUCUAGCGCCAGCAGAAGCGACGGAUGAAAGAGGGAUUGCUAGUAGGUAUUCUCCUGCUGAUGGUAAAGAUCUAUUGUAUAAACAGUGCAUCAUGCCUUGAGUGAGGAAUUUAUAUGAUUCUUCAGUUGUGCAUAGUGUAAUAUUAAUAUUAUAUUGGGCAAUAGUGUUGAAGUGAAGGAGUUGGAGUCCUUGAUUGAGACAGUACAGAGUUUGCUAAAUCAUUUGCAUGUUAUUUUGAUUGCA